GAGAAAGCGAAGGCUUCGUGUCUGGGUGUAGUGUUCAAACGCUUUCUGACUCUAAUCGCUGUCGUCGUCGUCGUCGUCUUUCUUUCUUUCUUUUUUAAAAAUAAAAGUCAAAACCGAAAGUGGGUGAAAUAAUAGAACUUUAUUCUUUCCACACAUCCGAAUAAUCACUGCAACGAGAAGUGCUCUGUGGAAAUUGUGUUGCCUGAGGCUUGUUUGAGAACCUGCCUCUCAAGAGCUGAGAUUGAUCGUGGCGCUGAUAGGCGGACGUUGGCUCUGAAAAUCUAAGAUCUGUGUUCAACAUGUCUGGCCCAGGCUACCCAUCUCCACACCAGCCUCCUUAUCCCAUGCCCCAGCAAGGCGGGCACUCCAUGCCCCCCUAUCCCAUGGGAGGUUAUGGAGAACCUGGACAAUCGGCCCCACCUGCAGGGUUCCAAGUAGGAUACCAGCCAGUUCCAGAUCAGCCGGUCAUGUAUCAGCCUGGUCAAGUUAGUCCAGCAUCUCACCAAGGCCAACCACAUGGAGCUCCUGUAGCUCCUGUUUCAGUGCCUGCUGGAGUACCACCUGGUCUGGAGUACCUCACUCAGAUCGAUCAGAUUCUUAUUCAUCAGAAAGUGGAGUUGUUAGAGGCAAUCAUUGGCUUUGAGACCAACAACCAGUAUGAAAUCAAAAACAGUCUCGGUCAAAAGAUCUACUCUGCCAAAGAAAAAAAUGACUGCUGCACACGCAACUGCUGUGGUGCCCUGCGCAGCUUUGACAUGAAGAUCAAAGACAACGCAGAUCGAGAAGUCAUACGACUGAUCAGACCUUUCCGUUGUGUGUCCUGUUGGUGCCCCUGCUGCCUGCAAGAGAUGGAGGUCCAGGCACCCCCGGGAACGACUGUCGGGUACGUGAAGCAGGACUGGCACCCCUGUUAUCCAAAAUUCUCCAUUCAGGGGCCAAACAAGGAGACUGUGAUGAAGCUCGAGGGGCCCUGCAUGGCAUGUAACUGCUGUGGUGAUGUGAACUUUGAGCUUAAAGGCAAAGACGGUACUGGCAAGCCUAUCGGAAGAAUCAGUAAGCAGUGGAGCGGCCUGUUGAAGGAAGUCUUUACUGACACUGAUAACUUUGGCAUCCAGUUCCCUAUGGACAUGGAUGUUAAGAUGAAGGCUGUACUUAUGGGCGCUUGCUUCCUUAUUGAUUUCAUGUUCUUUGAAAAAGUGGGGGACACAAACCAGCGCAAUACUGUAUUUUCUUAGAGCUCCUGAUUGACUAACAUCGUCUUUCAAGUUUGACGUCUGAGUCUGGACAUCCCUUAUUUUCUACUUUUUUUUUUUUUUUUUUUUUUUUAAGCCAUAACCAAAGCCAUAGACAGCUGGCACUGCAGUGAGAACAAGAGACAUGCUCAAGGUCAUUUUGUAGCAUUCACGUGACCAGCAACAUUUACAGUGACAGGCGAGGUAUCAUGAGUAUCUCUUCACUUGUGCCUUUUAAACCAUCAACCUACAAUUAUUACAAAUUGUUGCAAUGGUAUGAUAAACUAACAUUUAUCUUUUUUGUUACAAAUUUUUCUCUCUUUUUUUAUUAGAAAUAAAGUAUAAAAUGCAACCAUAUGUGUGUAUUUCCAGAAUUAUGCACAAAGUAUUUUAUUUUUUUUUCAGUCUUUUAGGAGGAAAUUUAUUUUUUAUUGUGCAUUUUAGUUAAAACAUAUGGAUGUUCUUGUAGCCAAGUAUGAUGGGAGUUACAUGCUAGUUACUGAUACUGGUAACGGAUGAGAAAAGGAAAAAGCAAGCAAGUAGUUGCAUGUGUAUAGACCAGAGACAGUAGGGGUAGAAUGCCUUUUUUUUCUCUCUUUCUUAGAAUAAAGAAAGAGUCCUACAGGGGGCGCUUGUUAGCGUAUAAAAGACAGCCUCUCUGUGAGCCUAUUAAUUAGCCAAUUCUUAACAUGGUUUAAAAUAAGAAUCUGCAAUUAAAUCCAUGUGUAGCAUGAAACACUAAAAACAUAAAGUCCUACGAAUAGGUUUUAACAUUAAUAUCCCUGUCCUCAUAAAAUAUACAUUAUAUACCACAUGUGUAUAUAUAUAUUUUUUGUCUGGUUGGUUAUAUAGAGACUGGCCUUCUAUCAGUAAGAGAGUAUACUCAAUGUAUAACUUGAUUAAAAUAUACAGACUGAGGAAUGUU